AUGCAACACAAGACAUAUAUUCCUCCAUUGAACUUUUCACCAGUUGUCAGUACUGAUGUAUCUCUCUAUCGGUCUGGUUAUCCCAUGCCAUUGAACUACUCAUUUAUCAAGGAUAGAUUAAAUUUGAAGACGAUCAUAUACGUUGGUGACAAGGAGGAUUUAACCGAUGAGUAUUCUGAAUUUUUGAAAGCAGAAGGGAUUGAAUUCUAUCAUGUUUUCAUGGACUCUUGCAGAGAUAAAAACAUCAAUUCACAAAUUAAUACAGUCUUGGAGAUAAUACUGGACAUUGAUAACUAUCCUAUUCUCAUACAUUCCAACAAGGGUAAACACAGAGUCGGUAUAAUUGUUGGUAUAAUUCGUAAAGUUUUACAAGGAUGGUCAACAGCAGGUAUAUAUCAAGAAUAUAGCAUAUUUUCAGGUGGUUUGAAAGGGGAUGCAGAUUUAGAGUUUAUCACAAUGUUUGAGACCCAUAUGAGCGUACGAAAGGACAAGAUACCGAAAUACGUUACUGAUUCUUUAAAUAUAUAA